GUCCAAAUAAGCAAUUAGCCCAAUAAUUACGUAGGCCCAAUUUCGAAGCAAUCUUACGUAAGCAUUUCCAUCUCUCGAUCGCCGACGACGAUUUUUUUGGUUGGUCGUCUUCGGGAUCAACCGCCGAAGUCGCCGGGAUCGUAUCAAGGAGCACCUAGAAUCUGUCACCUCCUGCGAUAAUCUUAUUCCGGGAGGCAUCGCUCUUAGGAUGCUUGAGUCACGCGAUAGAGAAUGCUAUUUGCUCUCCUGUGUCAUCGUCUUCAUAUUUGCUGUGCCUUGUUACAGCCACGAGAGCCUGUUUGAUGGAAAAACUUUAUAUGCUGGGAAGGAACUAUUUAAGGAGACACUGCCAUUGCAAUCUGGAUCUCGAGUUUACAAAUUAGAGGGGCUUAAAUCCAAUUCUUGGUAUGAAGUCAAGAUAUCGUACCCAGCUUCUAUUCCGGCUCUAUUCUCGCUGCAAUUGCUGAGGAACGGUGAAAUGGGUUUGAAGCUAAACCAGAUGAGGAGAUUACUAAACACUGAGAAAUUGAUCUUCAAAUCCGAAAGUCUUGAAGAAGUUAAUAACAAGGACGGAUUGUAUGUUAUGGUGACGGUGGAACCUGAAGGAAUUGUGGCGAUACCAAAUUUCAAAGAGAGGUCGUUUAUCAUUUACAACAUAGUUUGUGAAGAACAGCUCUUAGGGAUCGCUUACUCAUGCUGGUCAGUGGUGGUUUUAGUAGUAUUGUGUCUCGUGGUCGCGCUGAUUCUUCCUCGGUACUUUCUACCUUCUUAUCUUCUAAUGAAAGAUGAAGAUCGUGACCGUUAAAGGUCCCCUGCCAAGUUGAUAUCAUGAGGAAGCAUAUGGUGAAUACCCAGAUGUUUUUUUUUCUUCUCUCUCUCUCACAUCUCUGUUUUGUUACUCUGCUAGCUUCUUGAUGUUUGUUCAUCUAAUUCGGUUUUGGAUUCAGUUGUAGUAGAAAAGAUUGGAUAUGAGUUAGGUAUAUUGGAUACUGUAUUUAUGUUUCCUGGAAAAUUUGACAUUUUGGAUAGUU